AUGAUAGAUUGGAGAGUAAACAAACACUAUUAUCAGCCUCGAUAUGAUGGAACUAUUCCCGUGCCAAUAAACAAUCAUGGUAUGUGUCCUCAAGCAGAUGGAUUUCAACAUAAAAAGAAUUAUUCUCAACCAUAUCUUUGUGAAAAAGAACAAGACCAGAAUGUUCAACGGAUUCAUGAUUGGUUAGGAUGGUCAUUAUUAAAUUUGAUAAUUGGAUGGGGUUUUAUCGGUCUCAUUCCACUAAUCUUGUCAAUUAUUUGUCGGAAAAAGAAGAAAAUUAAUAAUUAUGUUGAAGCUCAUUCAAUGGGUAAAUUAGCAUUGAUUUUCAAUAUUAUUAUUACAACCAUAGGAGCCAUUGGUUGGAUUGUAUUGAUUGUUGUAAUGGUGCUAUAUUCUUGGAUUUGGAAACGUACUACCAAUAAGAUUAAUAAUUUUAUAAGUCAUUAA